AUGGCUUUGACGGAGGAAGAGCUUGACAUGAUGAUCAACUGGGACACUAGCUCGUUGGGACUAUUCGAACAACAGGCGAUGAACAACUUGGACUCUAGCUCUUCCGGUCAAUCAGGGUUUCAACAUCACGAACCCACUGCCAUCCAAACGCCUCCACUUCAAACCCAAAUUCCGGGAACAUCUCGUGCUCCACCACAAGCCAGCUUGACCAACUUAUCGGGACCAAUCGAGUCCCUGUGGGGUUAUGAUCGUGCUUUGAUGCUGUCGAUCACUCGCUCAAUGAUACGGACGCCUCGAAUACAUACAAGACACGUAGUGACGGAGGCUGACUUCGAACAACCUCAUGAAACGGCGAUGAACAACUCGGACUCUAGCUCUUCCGGACAAUCAGGAUUUCAACAUCACGAACCCACUGCCAUCCAAACGCCUCCACUUCAAACCCAAAUUCCUCCACUUGAAACAGGAACAUCCCUGUGGGGUCAAGAUCGUGCUUUGAUGUUAUCGAUCACUCGCUCAAUGAUACGGGGGCCUCGAAUACAUACAAGACACGUACUGACGGAGGCUGACUGCGCAGGCUUCAAGGAGGAUAAAAUUUCGAAAUACCUCAACAUCAUAACGCAUAAUAAUAUCGAUGAUGAAAAAACUGUGUGUGCUAUUUGUCUAGACAAUUUUUGUGGAAAGGAUAUGCAGGUUGCAAUAGUGGAUGGGUGUGGGCAUAAGUUUCACGCUUGCUGUCUCAAGAGGUUCUGCCACAAGUCAAUUUACUUGUACCCGAAAAAAGCGUAUGUCGGGACCAAAAUCCAACCACCUUUUGUCCUCAAUAACAGAGGCUCGUUACACGUUAAAGCAUGUUCAGAUGUUAGUGGAACGAGCUCGACUGAUCCGGGGGGCCUACUCCCUCAUUUGGAUAGCAAGGAAGAAAGCAUACCCGUUGAGAACCUUCCAUUGGAGUCCAAUCUUCAGGAGAAAUACGAUCAGAGGAUCAAAAUGAAACUGGCCUUGUGUAUCUUCAUCCAGUUAAGAGUCGAGUUUAAUUCGGGUGACUUACAGGACCCAUCCGUUUCUCACAAAACACUAGAUUUGGCAUCAAGCCUCGAAGUGGGCUCAACAACUAGCAAUAGUGCAAAAAGCAAUAGGCUUCCACCUUUGGAGGAUGAUUGCAAGUGGUGGUUGGUGAAAUACAUCUCUGAUGCCCACAGACACAUACAAGGUGGUUGCUUUGUUGAAGGUGAAUGGUUAAGGAAUGCAUUCAGAUGUAAAGAAACUACGGCCCAUGGGAAGAAAGGCCGGGCCAUUUUGCUUGCUGAGGAUUUAGGCGCCGCACCUAUCUGGGUUUUGGAGGUUGUGUUUGCUGGCCAUGUGCAUGCCUAUGAGCGCUCAAUCCUUGUGGAGCGAUGGAGGGAACAUAGAAGGAUUAGCACCCAGAAGUCCCAGCCUGAGUGGUCAGUCUUCCAGGAGGCCAGCUUUGGCCAUACUGAGCUCAGAAUCGUGAACUUAACUCAUGCGUAUUGGAGUUAUCAGUUUUGGAACAAAGGUCACAUGGGUAAGCCAUUAAAGCUCGACAAUGGCCUCAAUGUUGCUGUCAAGAGACUUGGCCCCUUUUCCAGCGCGUCUUCUGAGGCCCACAGCAAGAGAAAGAUGCUGCAGGAGCUCGGGAAACUGGCAUGCGGAGGAAUUUAA